AUGUCCGUAUCGUAUGUGAUAGCUACCAGUGGCACCGCUUUUGUUAUCACUGCUUCGCUCAUAGCUAUGGCCGUUAUUAUCAACGACCUUAAUCAACUUCAUAAUGAUAUUCAUGGCGAAAUGAAGGAGUUCAGAGGCAAAACGGACGGUGCUUGGCAACUUAUAAUGACAGCAUACAACGAUGACACGAUCAAAGCUCUUCCACACGCUCCUCAAUCACCGGUUUCUAGGAGCAAGCGCAGCACCGAAACCAGUAGGAGCAACAACAGCCAUAAUAGUGAAUGCAACUGUGGGCCGACAUCGAACACAUGUCCACCUGGACCAGAUGGCCCACCUGGACCACCGGGUUUGCCAGGAAGCCCUGGUGAGGACGGUUCACCAGGUGAGCCCGGUAUUCCUGGAAUGACACUUCUCCUCAUGAAUUUUGAGCUCAACGGUUGUAUUAAAUGUCCAGCUGGGCCAAACGGCGAUCAAGGGCCACCAGGAGAGGCGGGGCCGACUGGUCCACCCGGACCGCCUGGGAUGCCUGGCAUGAUGGGUAGUCAGGGACCGGUUGGUGACGCAGGUCCUCCAGGUAUUGCAGGAGUGGAUGGAGUUCAAGGAAUGCCAGGCACUCCUGGUAUGCCCGGUGAUCAUGGCACACGAUAUACAGAGGGUAUGGAGGGUAUGCCUGGAUUCCCAGGACCACAAGGUCCAGAUGGACCACCUGGAAAGGACGGAGAGAACGGGAAAGAGGGUGAACGUGGCCUACCGGGACCACCUGGUAUACCAGGUAUGAGUGGUAUACCUGGCAUGGACGGACAACACGGCAUUGUUGGCAUGGACGGCCGACCAGGACCAGACGCCAUGUACUGCCCUUGUCCUUCGAGGAGUUUGCCUUUCUCUUUUGAC